UAUACAACUUAAAGAAAAAGGGAAAUAAAGAAGAAUAUAGGUUGUUGUUCUCGCAGAACCAAGGAAGCUCUGUUUGUGUACAAAAAGCCAAAAGCCAAUUGCGAAUCGAUCAUUCUUCUUCCGCAACAAUUAAGGUACAAGGCCCCGAUGGCUUUGAGCAGGUUUGUGUAGAAAGUUGAUAUUUUCAGUGUUGGUUAAAAUCUCUAGCCAUCAAAGGUAGAUUAAAUCUUUUUGGCAUUAAUAUUUUAAUAUAUUGCAAUCAUCAAGAUAUUAAUGGGGGCGUUAUUAAGCCUAAAUAGUUCUAGGACUGGAAUGAGUGAGCCCUUUGAUUCACAAAAUGAAACAUGCAAGAGGCAGAAGUUGUCAUCUUGUCUUUGUGAGGAGAACCCUAGAUUGAUUCCUAGCCUACCUGAUGAGAUAUCCUAUCAGAUACUUGCCAGAAUUCCAAGGAUUAAUUACUUAAAUCUGAGGUUAGUGUCAUGGGCCUGGAAGGCUGCCAUCAUGAGUUCUGAGCUUUUCAAUGUAAGGAAAGAAAUCGGAACAACAGAGGAAUGGCUCUAUUUAUUGACAAAGAAUGGUGGUCAUAAGCUUUUGUGGCAUGGUUUCGACCCCUUGUCAAGAAGAUGGCAGAGGUUACCUCUGAUGCCAAAUGUUGCUUUUGAAGACGAAACCAGGAAAGGUUUAUCUAGCCUUUGGAUGUGGAACAUAGUGGGGUCGAGCAUAAAAAUUGCGGAUGUCAUAAGGGGUUGGCUUGGGAAGAAGGAUGCCUUGGACAGAAUGCCAUUCUGUGGGUGCACCAUUGGUGCUGUUGAUGGUUGCAUCUAUGUGUUAGGAGGAUUCUCUAAAGCUUCAGCUCUGAGGUGUGUUUGGCAGUAUAAUCCAGUCCUAAACUCGUGGAGAGAAGUAAGUCCGAUGUCAACUGGUAGAGCCUAUUGCAAGACUGGUAUCUUAAAUAAUAAGCUCUAUGUUGUUGGAGGGGUUACCAGGGGUCGUGGCAGGUUGACUCCACUUCAGUCUGCUGAAGUUUUUGAUCCUCAAACUGGUAUAUGGUCCCAAAUACCAAGCAUGCCAUUUUCAAAAGCUCAGAUUCUACCUACUGCCUUUCUGGCGGAUCUACUCAAACCCAUGGCCACAGGUAUGACAUCAUACAAGGGAAGGCUGUUUGUGCCUCAGAGUUUAUAUUGCUGGCCCUUUUUUGUAGAUGUUGGAGGGGAAGUAUUCGAUCCUGAAAUAGAUUCAUGGGUUGAAAUGCCAGUAGGCAUGGGUGAAGGUUGGCCUGCAAAACAGGCAGGAACAAAAUUGAGUGUCAUUGUGGGUGAUGAGUUGUAUGCACUUGAUCCAUCUAGUUCUCUUGAGAGUGCUACCAUCAAGGUAUAUGAUCACCAAGAUGAUGCAUGGAAGGUUGUUGUAGGAGAGGUCCCCAUUCCUAACUUCACGGAUUCAGAGACUCCAUAUUUGCUUGCCGGUUUAAUAGGAAAGCUUCAUGUAAUUACUAAAGAUUCGAACAACAAUAUCUCAGUCAUGCAAACUGAUGUGAAAAACCAUUUAACUUCCCUGCCUUCAGCUUCACCAUCAUCAUCAUCAUCAUCGGAUAACUCCUCUGGUGUUCAUGCUGAGCCUGCAGAAUCUGCAGCAGCAUUCCAAACAAAUCCUUGGAGGGUUAUUGCCACAAGGACGGUGGGAUCUUCGGAAAUAGUAAGUUGUCAAGCCCUUAAUAUUUAGUGCCUUCAUAAGGGUACUUAGGAGCCCAAGUUGUGGCAUUAACCUUCUGAAUAUUCAAUAUGGUAUUGUAUGCGAGUUGCAUUUAUUUGUUUUUCCCAGAAAUGCUGAUUUUAGAAGCAGCACGUUGAAAACUUGUGUGUUUAUAUUAUAACAUUUAUCCAGUAUACUUGUAUAAUGUAAAGAAAUGAAUUUCUCCUAAACUGUAAGGCAAGAUAUAUAGCUGAA